AUGGGGCCCUGGGCAAGGGUGUUCUGCUCCCUGUUCCUCCUGCUGCAGGUCCUGGCAGAGCCGGCCGGGAACUCAGACUUCUACCUGGCUGGAGAUUACCUCCUGGGUGGCCUCUUCACCCUCCAUGCCAACGUGAAGGGCAUUGUCCACCUCAACUACCUGCAGGUGCCCAAGUGCAAGGAGUACGAGAUGAAGGUGCUGGGCUACAACCUCAUGCAGGCCAUGCGCUUCGCGGUGGAGGAGAUCAACAACCACAGCAGCCUGCUGCCCGGCGUGGUGCUGGGCUACGAGAUGGUGGACGUGUGCUAUGUCUCCAACAAUGUGCAGCCGGUGCUCUACUUCCUGGCGCAGGACAACUACUUCCUGCCCAUCCAGGAAGACUACAGCCAAUAUGUGCCCCGGGUGGUGGCUGUCAUUGGCCCUGACAACUCUGAGGCCGUUGUGACUGUGGCCAACUUUCUCUCCCUCUUUCUCCUUCCACAGAUCACCUACAGCGCCAUCAGCGACCAGCUGCGCGACAAGCAGCGCUAUCCGGCUCUGCUGCGCACCAUGCCCAGCGCCGACCACCACGUGGAGGCCAUCGCGCAGCUGAUGCUGUACUUCCGCUGGAACUGGAUCAUCGUGCUGGUGAGCAGCGACGACUACGGCCGCGACAACGGCCAGCGGCUCAGCGAGCGCCUGACCGGCCACGACAUCUGCAUCGCCUUCCAGGAGUCGCUGCCCGUGCCGCAGCCCAACCAGGUGGUGACGCCCGAGGAGCACAGUCGCCUGGGGGCCAUCGUGGAGAAGCUGCAGCAGAGCUCCGCGCGCGUGGUAGUCGUGUUCUCCCCAGACCUGGCCCUGCACAACUUCUUCCUCGAGGUGAUGCGCCGGAACUACACGGGCGCCGUGUGGAUCGCCUCCGAGUCCUGGGCCAUCGACCCGGUCCUGCACAACUUGAUCGAGCUGCGCCACACGGGCACCUUCCUGGGCGUCACCACCCAGAACGUGCCCAUCCCCAGCUUCAGCGAGUUCCGUGUGCGCAGCAGGCGGGCCGGGCCGCCGCCCCGCAGGAGCAGCCAGGCGUCCACCUGCAACCAGGAGUGCGACGAGUGUUUCAACACCACCGAGAACUACAACAACGUUCUCACGCUCUCGGGAGAGCGCGUUGUCUACAGCGUGUACACGGCCGUCUACGCCGUGGCGCACGCUCUGCACAACCUCCUGGGCUGCAGUGAGACCGGCUGCACCAAGAAGGUGGUCUAUCCCUGGCAGCUACUUAAGGAACUCUGGAAGGUCAACUUCACCCUCCUGGGCCACCAGAUCAAGUUCAACCAGGAGGGGGACAUGCCUAUACCCUUGGAGGUCAUCCAGUGGCAGUGGGGCAUGAAUCAGAAUCCGUUCCAGAGCGUCGCGUCUUACUACCCCACACAGCGGCAGCUGACGAACAUCGGCUCCAUCUCCUGGCACACCCCCAACAACACGGUCCCCCUGUCCAUGUGUUCCAGGAGUUGUCACCCUGGGCAAAGGAAGAAGUCUGUGGGCAUCCACCCCUGCUGCUUUGAGUGCAUUGACUGCCUCCCUGGUACCUUCCUCAACCAGAGCGCAGAUGAGUAUGACUGCCAGCCCUGCCCGAGUACCAAGUGGUCCCACAGGAAUGCCACCUCCUGCUUCAAGCGGCGGCUGGCCUUCCUGGAGUGGCACGAGGCGCCCACCAUCUUCGUGGCCCUGCUGGCUGCCCUGGGCUUCCUCAGCACGCUGGCCAUCCUGCUGAUAUUCUGGAGGCACUUCCAGACACCCGUGGUUCGCUCGGCGGGGGGCCCCAUGUGCUUCCUGAUGCUGACGCCACUGCUGGUGGCCUACACGGUGGUCCCGGUGUACGUGGGGCUGCCCACGGUCUCCACGUGCCUCUGGCGCCUGACGGUCUUCCCCAUCUGCUUCACCGUCUGCAUCUCCUGCAUCACCGUGCGCUCCUUCCAGAUCGUCUACAUCUUCAAGAUGGCCAGCCGCCUCCCGCGCGCCUACAGCUACUGGGUCCGUUACCACGGGCCCUACGUCUCCGUGGUGGUCACCACGGCACUCAAGGUGGCCAUCGUGGUGGGCAACUUGCUGACCACGAGCCCCAGCCCCACCGCCCGUGCCGACCCCGACGACCCCCAGGUCAUGAUCCUCUCCUGCAACCCCAACUUCCGCAGCUUGCUGCUGGUGAACGCCGGCCUGGACCUGGCCCUCUCGGUGGCGGGCUUCGGCUUCGCCUACGUGGGCAAGGAGCUGCCCACCAACUACAACGAGGCCAAGUUCAUCACCCUCAGCAUGACCUUCUACUUCACCUCCUCCGUCUCCCUCUGCACCUUCAUGUCUGUCUACAGCGGGGUGCUGGUCACCAUCAUGGACCUCCUGGUCACUGUGCUCAACCUCCUGGCCAUCAGCCUGGGGUACUUCGGCCCCAAGUGCUACAUGAUCCUCUUCUACCCGGAGCGCAACACGCAGGCCUACUUCAACAGCAUGAUCCAGGGCUACACCAUGGGGAAGGACUAG